AUGCCGCCGAAGGAGCCAGAUGCCGUGCGCGUGCAGCAGCUUCUAGACGCCGGGGAGUUUACUGCGCCAGAGAGAGAGAAGGCCGAGACGAAAUUGGGCAGGCGGGCGGAUAAUUUCGGCGGCACGCCCAGGGAGCAGGUCUUGAAGAUCAUGAUGGCGUGCACGCGGCUGGGUCACAAGCGCUUGGGCGAUUCUCAGCUCUCGAACCUGAUCCCCAAGGUGAAGUUCUCGAUAGUUGCGACGGUGAAGAAGACGUAUUGGGUGUGCCCGACAGAGCUUCUCCCCAAGGAUUUGCCGCCGGGCGUCGUGCGCCCACCCAGCAUGUUCGUGCUCCCUGCGGGCUUCGACAUCCAGAACUUCAGCAUCGUGGACAAGAAAGUCGACAGGCCACUACAGAAUUCGACACCAACCCCCGGUAGGUAUGCGAAUUCAGUGGUGGCCUGGCGAUUGUCUUGUCCACCCAGGGGGGCUAUGCCAAUCGACACGGGCGAACUCGAAUUGGCGAUGAAGGAGACUAUGGAUUUCAGCUCGGCGGGCCCGAGCGCCAGCGGAGCGCUCGCGCUCGGCGAUCGGGCGCCGCAGCAGGAGGUCGGCGGCGCGCCGAGCGCGCAGCAGCCACCGCCCACCGUCGAGCCGAAGGGCACCGACGAGCCCGCGGAGAAGCCGGCAACCAGAGAGCUGCAGAAGGAGGACUCCAGCGAACGGCCCCCGCCGAACCUCGAGAAGACCUUGAAUGGCAUGGCUCACACGCUGAAGGAGGCCGCGAAGGCAGGGCGCUUCUACGACCCGGACCCGAUGUGCAAAGACACCGUGCAUCACGUGUUGCAGCGGUUCGUGAACUUUGCGCUCUCCUCGGGGUGGAACCAGGGGGAGGAGCCAAAGGUGGCCAUCAAUUUCAUGCGGUACCUCGUGAAGCGCCUGCGGAACACGGAGAGCCUCGAUUAUCUUUCUCACAUGGUGAAGCCCAUGGAGCAGCUGAUGGGGAAGCUCCCCGCGCUGGUGCCCGAGACGGGCAAGGUGGUCAUCCAUUUGAGCAAGCUCAGUUUCCUGACCGAGACGCCCCUGAAUUACGGCACGCUGGACUUGGACGAGCAGAACGAGUUCGAUUCGGCACCCUUGUGCAAGCAGUGGAUGAGGAGGCGUUUUGAUAAGAAGUUGGAGAAGGUCCGCGGGGACGCGGGGAAGGACCCGAAGGAGAGGCGGGGUGAGUUGGCGGGCAUGCAGAGCCAGUUCGACAAGAUCGACGGCGAGGGCAAGAUGACUGAGGAGGUGAAGGCCCAGUACAACUUCGGCAUGAGCGUCUUGUCGCCGUCCAUGUCGCUCGGUGGCCAGGUGGAGUACUUGCAGGGCUUGGGGGAGACGGGGUGGUCCAUGCUGGAGACGUGGUGGCCGAAGAGCCCGGCGACGAAGUUCGCGAAGCUCGUGCCCGGGGCCGAAACCUCAGUGGAGGACGUCGUGGCCGCCGCGUCGUCGGUGCCGCCGAGCGACCUCGCCCAGGCUGCCUCCCACUUGAACCCCGUGGUCGUGAGGCUGUGCGAGAUGUGGCACCCCCUGACGGAGGCCGUGGCGGACAAGCCCGCGCGGGACCGGCUCUUCCGCGAGACCGUCUCGUACAAGCUCAAGGGGGCCGAUUCGUGCGAGAACACGGGCGCCGAGGUGCCGCAGGACGGGGUCAUCGAGAAAGCGGGCGGUGUCCUCUGGCCUCUCUGGAGGAGCAGGGACGUCGCGGCCGCGCCCCCUCUCACGAAGAAGUGCUUGGAGUUAGAGCGCGCGCGCCUGGAGACCAAGAAAAAGGAGAGGGAGGAGAAAGAGGAGAAGGACAAAGCGGGAAAGGCCCAGGCCGACAAGGGGAAGGCCGACAGCCCGGCUGGCGAGGGCAAGAAGAGGGCCGCCGAGGAGGGCCAGGCAGGGCCCGACCCGAAGAAGGCGAAGACCGAGGGCCAGACUGACCCGCUCGACUGGCUCAAGCCGGGCGUCGAGGUGAUCUGCAGUUGCAAGCUCACGAAGGACAAGUCGAAGUACGAGGGCAAAAAGGGGCAGGUCGUCUCGCUGGUGAAGGCGAACGCGGCCUGCAGCGUGAAGCUCCUGGAGGGUUCGGAGGCUAACAAGAGGCACGUUUUCGUGCUCAGUCAGCUGUCGCCAGUACCAGGUGCCGCCUCCAGCGGGAACGCCGCCGCGGACAGCGGCGGUGCCGCGCCGCCUGAGAAGGACGAUCUCUUCUCCGAUCCAGAGCUGGAGAAGGAGAGGUGA